CUGCGAACUGCCUAAACCCUAAACCCUCAAGAGAUCAUCUCUUUGGUCACCAUGGCAGUCGCCGCCUUCGUUCGCAACCAGCUCCGUCACCAACAGUACCUUCGCGCCUUCUCCUCUUCUUCGCCGUCGUCCAUCCUCAACCCUUCCGACCCUUCCGCCGUGCUCACUAGCAAACAGAAGUCUCGUGCCGCCCUCCGCCUCCUCAAGUCGGAAACUGAUCCCUCGCGCAUCGUGGACAUCUGCCGUGCUGCCUCGCUCUGCCCCUCUGCUUCCCACCUCGACCGCCUCGCUCUCUCCGAUGCCAUCUCCGCCCUCGCCGAGUCCCGGUCCUUUACCGAAGUGCGCUCGAUCCUUGACUCCCUCUCUCUCGCCUCCCUUCCCCAUGCCAUUGUACUCUAUGGUCAAGCUGGCUUGCACGACGACGCCAUCCGCACUUUCCAGAAAUCUCCCUCCGCCCGGACCCUGAACGCGCUACUAUUCGCCUGCAUUGUUGGCCGCCGACACGAGGAAGUCAGCCGUAUCUUCAGCGACUUCCCUGGCGCCCAUGACAUUACCCCUGACAUUGAAACCUACAACAAUGUCAUCAAGGCCUUCUCAGAGUCGGGCACCACCCGUUCAUUCUAUUCUGUGCUUGACAAGAUGUGCAAUGCCGGCGUCAAGCCCGACACAAUCACUUUCUGCAAUGCACUUGCUGGUUUCUACAUGGAAGAGCGGUUUGACGACGUCAAGAAAGUGUUGAGGCUCUUGAAGAAGCACGGCUGUGAUCAUGGGCUUGGCAUCUACAACUCGCGAAUCCAGAGCCUCUGCAAGCUAAAGCGCACUAAUGAGGCAAAGGAGCUCUUCAAGGAGAUGGGGAAAAAAGGAAUAAAGCCUACUUGGGCAACUUAUAACCACUUGAUAUUUGGGUUUUGCAAUGAAGGCCAAUUGGAGGAUGCCAAGAAGCUCUACCAGGAGAUGAAGAAACGAGGUCAUGUUCCAAUUGGCAAAUGCCACUUCACUCUAAUACACUUCUUGUGCAAAGGUGGGGAUUUUGAGGCUGCACUAUCUGUCUGCAAGGAUUCUAUGUCACAGAACUGGAUCCCAAAUUUCUCAACCAUGAAGAUGCUUGUGAAAGGGCUCAUUGGAUCCUCAAAGGUGGAGGAGGCAAGGGAUAUAAUGGAAAAGGUGAAAGAAAAGUUCCCAGGGAAUGCAGAUAUGUGGAAGGAAGUGGAAGUGGCAUUUCCAAAAUAGUGUGAAAAAUCUUAGCGGAGCUCCUACGGGAUGCACAAUCAUAAUUUGGUUUCCCAAUAAUUUAGCUUCCAUUCAUCUGCAAGUCCUAACCAGUCAACAGAUCAUGAGGCCAGUUGCUGCUUUUGGUCUUGGAUCCAGUUUUUCAGGAACCAGUUCGGUGGUUGGGAUCUUGUUUUGGUAGUAAUUGUAACGGUCACAUAUGUGGUCGUGUUGUAUCCCAGAAGUGAAUCCUGGUCAACAGAGGACCUCGAAAAAAAGGAUUUAAAAAAAAACCCGUGAUUCUCAUUUUAGCAAAGAUAUCCAUUUUUAGCGAACUUAAAAUACAAAGAACUUGCUGCUGCGUUUUUUCUCUCUUCUUGAUCGUUGUCCUGUUGAACAAAAUGCAA